GUGGGCAGACAGAAUGUCGGCUGCAGGAUCUGAUGGAGUGAUUCGGAAAUUCUCUCACCCAUUUGUACAAGGCUGCUCAAUGUUUCUUGGAGAAUUGGCUUGCCUCGUUGUGUUUAAGAUAUUUUACGUUUACUACAGAAGCAGAAAUGAUGGCUCUGAGAUUGAAAGUGACAUAGUGCGUGGAAACACUCACUUCAAUCCAUUGUUAUUUGUACCACCAGCAGUGUGUGACAUGCUAGGCACAUCUUUAAUGUAUGUAGGCCUAAACCUUACUUACCCCUCAAGUUUCCAAAUGUUAAGAGGUGCUAUUAUUAUUUUCACCGCAUUGUUGUCGGUGGCAUUCCUAGAAAAGAAGAUAAAAACCCAUGAGUGGGUGGGAAUUUUUGGCGUCAUUAUUGGUCUAGUCACCGUAGGAUACUCCGACUACAUACUCAUUAAGGAAAAAAGCCCAGCUGAUCAAAUAUCUGACCUAAAUGGAAUAAUCACAGGUGAUAUGCUGAUCCUUAUGGCAACCAUCAUCCAAGCUGUGCAGAUGGUUUACGAGGAAAAGUUUGUUGUCAGUAAGGAUAUUCCUCCUCUUCAAGCUGUUGGAUGGGAAGGUGUAUUUGGAUUUGUGAUCCUUGGGUCGCUACUGUACCCCUUUUACUACAUACCAGUGAAUCCUCCGUUCUCUAACAAUGCGCACCAUGUAAUAGAGGACCUUCCUGAUGCUUUGGCCCAAAUGAGGAACAAUCCACUGAUAAUCUACUCUAUUCUAGGAACCAUUGUGAGCAUUGCAUUUUUUAAUUAUGCUGGUAUUAGCGUAACAAAAGAAAUGUCUGCAACCACCAGGAUGAUUCUUGACUCUGUUCGCACCCUGUUUGUCUGGAUUGUCUCUUUACAGCUCAAUUGGCAGAAGUAUCAUCCGCUACAGCUCCUAGGAUUUGCAUUGUUGAUUUUUGGCACUGCUGCAUAUAAUAACAUCCGACCUGCAUCUCUAUACUCGAGUCUCAGAUCGAGCCGAUCGGAGGAAGAAAAUGAUGAAACUCCAAUUAUUGUCACUCCGCCUGACCAACCCACCCCUUAGGCUUUUUGAAGUUCUAGGAAUAUUUUUUUCAAACAUUUGUACAAUUAGAAGUGCCUUGGAUUUUCAAUCCAUUCAAGCCCCUGAUCCUAAGUAUAUUUAUUUAGCAUUUGUUUUUCCAGAUCGUUUUGAUUGUGAUAGGAAAUAGCUAAGUUUAGCUAGUGAAUUCGAAGCAAGAUCUUUCACAAUUUUUUUGUAACUCGUGAUAUUUCCUUUUUUUUUUUUUAGUUAUUUUCCACAUUUUAUCAAUAGCGUCACUCGUUGCAAGUGGAUUUUGCUGACCUUUUUAGUCGAUGUUAUGACUUUUUUAAAUGCUGAUUGUUCGGUGAAAAUGUUAAAAAAGUGGACAUAAUAUUUUUGAGGACUGUAAAAUGAUUAGUUACGUUAAUUUAUUUCAGGUCUUCAAUGUUAGCGCUGAGACAUUCUGGCAAAGAUUUUCUCAAUUACUAAAGCUUUUAAAAGGUAAAAUCGUAGAAAGGCAAUAGUUUUACUCUUAUUUCUUUCACCGGCAAGUGGUAAAAAUAUUCAGCUAAUAGAAUACCAGGAGGAGAUUAUUUCUGUUACUCUUGCUUUUCCUUUACAGUGGAAAAAGUGAACUUAAUGUUAAUUUAAUUCAUUUUAAACCGAGGAUUUUAACAUUAUUAUACGUUUGUGUUUUAGGCUAUCAGAGAAAUAAGCAAAGACUGAGAAGGUUAAUGAUUUUCAACGAAAUUGUCAAACUUCCUGUAUAUUAGGUUCUGAAGGCUGUUGUUUAAGUUGUAUUUUAGUUUUUAUUGUGGAUCUACGUUGGUGCAAGCACUAUCUCUGCUGAAAUUUGUAAGUGUUUGUUUGAUUGUCCACUGCAGUUUCCUCAUCUGAGUGUUUUUUUGGUCGCUUGUGAACUUCGAUGUCAGUGAUUUAGCAAGCAAUGCCAGCAUGUAUUUAUUGAAGUGUUACCAGAUAACUGAUCAUGAAUUGAUCUCUGAGCUUUUUGGAGACGUAUGGAAUUUAAAUUGGUAGGUUUAUGAAUUGCAUUUAUUAGUGACCAUUCCAUGGAAACCACUUAGUAUAAAAAAUCAGUAAGUGAUUAGUCACAGUUAUUCUCACAGUUUUGUAAUUUGAUUACGUUCAGAUCCGCUAAGGUUGACAUAUUAUUAUACUUACAGUUGUUCCCUGACUUUUUACUCACAAAUGCUUCCUUGACAUCAAUGAUUUUGAGAAAUAUGAUUACAACACUGAGCUAGCAUUUCGAAGUAGGCAAGGUACAUACAUGAUUUUUGUAUUCAUCAUGAAAAAGUUGUCAUAUGAUGUAGUGUCUUCAGGGUAAAGGGUCGUUUGAGUCUGCAUUGCUGUGUGUGUUACUGGUGGGAGGCAGGUUGAAACCCAGUAGUAUGUAACAACCUAUUUGUAAAACAAUGCUUUCAGGUUAUAUUUCCUUAAAAAACUGGUGAAAAUUGGGGGGGGGGAUUCCCCAAAGCUGCAAAAUUGGUCAAUAGAGAAUAGAUUGAAUUGAAAUGGGAGGGGAAUAGGGAAUCCUAAAAUCGGAAAAUUUGCGUUUCAAAGGACUUGAAUGCCCCAUUAUGAGUGACUUAAUUUUGACAAUGUUGAAGUGGACCAAGGCUAACAGAAAUAAUUCAACAUUUUUUAAAAAAUGAAA